UCCGUUCUCGACUGCAGAGAGCGCAGCUGUUUGUUUAUACAUAACCGGCUGGGUCGCGAAAUUCGAUUUUAUAUUAGAAAUUAUUUUGGAACUAUUCGGAUACGUUUCGGGAAACUGGAAAUAUGUAAAUCGACCCGAAGCAAGCCGUGUUUUUUCUUUACUUUUGAGUUUGUGAGUUUUUGUAGUGAAAAAACCAGAUACAUAUGUAUGUAUGUAUGUAUGUAUUUGCGCCUCUUUAGUCAAUAAAUAUUAAUGCACAUUGAGCAGUUGGACGGGCAUGAAUUAGAAAGCAUUAUUUAUUGCAAUCAUCUGCAGUGCGAAUCAAAACAAAAUCGGAAGCGCUCCGAGAGUGAGAAAGGAGAGAGUGAGAAAAGCAGUGAAAACGAAAUAACAGCCGGCUGAUUUGUUGCGGAAAAGGAAUACGAAGAGAGAAGAAGAAAAACGUAAAGAAACAUUACAGCUGAAAAAGGAACCUGGCUAAGUAGCAUGUAGUAUGCCAGGAUCAAAAAAGUGAAUAUAGCAUCAUAAUGAGCAUCCGCACGGAGCAGGAUUACGACAGUGCCACUCCGGCGCUGCAACAGCAAAUGAAUUUGGCCCGAAGAGCCUGCUGGAGGAUCAAAUCCUCCAGGUCGGAAUCCCUCUUCAAAACUAUAGUUUCUGCAAUAACAGAUACAGAUACAGUACCACCACCACCAUCAAAAGAUAAAAACAAAACGAGAAUAGAGCCACAGACAGCGCCCGCAAAACGCAACACAUUCUGCACAUCCUCCAACUGGAGGGAUAUGUUCAGCAAGAGGAUGCUGCUUAUUUGCGCCCUAGUCCUGAUCCUUGGAAUUGCCCAGGCCCGGCCCAACACGAUUGCUGUGGGAGUAGCUCCGGGAAAGGUCAGCCAAGAUAUUCUAAAUCCGGUCACCCAGCUAAAUCUGCGCCAGUCGACGCCCGGGGAUGCGGUAGAUGUGGGCCUGGAUCCAACGCCAUCGGUGAGGUUGCCACGUGCCGAGCCAUUGAAAUCCGGUGACCAGGAUGCCGGCGAGAGCCACAAAAUGGAGCGGUAUCCCCUCUCCAGUGUGGACUUUGCUCGGGUAAAGACGCCGUUCAUCAUCGGAAUCUGGAUCCUGUCGGCUAGUAUAGCUAAAAUCGGUUUCCAUAUGACGCCCAAGCUGCAUCUAAUAUUUCCGGAAUCGUGCCUCCUAAUUGUCGUGGGCGUGGUAAUUGGCGUGGUGCUCUAUUUCUGCACCGAUGUUGCCGUCUCCCCGCUGACUCCCAAUACCUUCUUCUUCUACAUGCUGCCACCGAUUAUCCUGGACGCAGGCUACUUUAUGCCCAAUAGAUUGUUCUUCGACAACCUGGGCACCAUCCUGCUGAUGGCGGUGGUCGGAACCAUCUUUAACAUAGCCACCAUCGGUGGCUCGUUGUACGCCUGCGGAAAGAUGGGAAUUUACGGGGAAAGCGAGACUCCGGGUCUAAUGGACGUGUUUCUAUUUGCCUCACUGAUAUCCGCCGUGGAUCCGGUGGCCGUUUUGGCCGUAUUCGAGGAGAUACAUGUGAAUGAGAUCCUGUAUAUUGUCGUCUUUGGCGAGUCCUUGCUGAACGAUGCUGUCACGGUUGUGAUGUACCACAUGAUGGAGUCCUACAAUGAGAUAGGCUUAGACAAAAUCAUCGCCCAGGACAUCGCCAGCGGCGUGGGUUCCUUUUUUGUGGUUGCACUGGGUGGCACUGCCAUAGGCAUCAUCUGGGGCUUUCUCACUGGCUUAGUAACCCGAUUCACCGAUCACGUGCGUGUCAUAGAACCCAUUUUCAUAUUUGUGAUGGCGUACUUGGCGUAUCUUAAUGCGGAAAUAUUCCACAUGAGCGGCAUUUUAGCCAUCACUUUCUGUGGUAUCACAAUGAAAAACUAUGUGGAAUCGAAUAUUUCACAAAAGUCGCAUACGACUGUUAAAUAUGCCUUAAAGAUGUUAUCCAGUUCGGCGGAGACCAUUAUAUUUAUGUUCCUAGGCGUGGCCACUGUGAACAACAUGCACGUAUGGAAUACGUGGUUUGUAGUAUUGACCAUUGCCUUCUGUUCAGUUUUUCGUGUAAUUGGUGUCAUUUUGCUAUCGGCCCUUGCCAAUCGCUUCCGUCUGCACAAAUUGUCACGGGUGGACCAGUUUGUAAUGUCCUACGGAGGAUUGCGUGGUGCAGUGGCCUUUGCCCUAGUACUGUUAGUGGACGAGAAUGUGGUCAAGCAGAAGAACAUGUUUGUUACCACGACGAUAGCUGUGAUUUACUUUACUGUCUUCCUGCAAGGAAUCACUAUUAAGCCACUGGUGAAAAUCCUUAAUGUGAAGCGCGCUAAUAAACGCAAGCCAACCAUGAAUGAGCGCAUUCAUGAAAGGUUCAUGGAUCACUUGAUGGCUGGAAUUGAGGAUAUAGUGGGCAAAACGGGCAACUACAAUGUGCGUGAUAAGUUCAAGCGUUUCGACAAUCGCUUCAUUCGUCCGCUGCUGAUCAGAGAUCUUAAGGGAGCUGAGCCGAAGAUCAUCGAGACGUACUCCAAACUGACAAUGCGCGAUGCCAUGGAAGUCAUGAGGCGAAAUCCAUCCACUAUUGGCCAGAUGACGGGAACCGAGUCUAUGAGCGCCCUUUUCCGGAAUUAUACCAAUAACUAUAUUGGCGGAAGGUGGGCACCGCCAACAAUAUACACCACCUGUCCCAGUCUAACAAAUCUAGACAAUACUUGCUCACGUAAUCUGGACAUGGCUGAGCUGGAUUAUAAUCCAUCUAAGAAGGAUCUGACCGAUGCCAGGAUACAUCAUCUUUUGGCCGAAGAACUGAAGCCUUAUAGAAGGGCCUCAAUACAAAUGCACCGUCGUCUUAGUUAUAGCCGACACGCAGUAGAUGACAGAGACUUGUCCACCCAGGUCAAUUACAAGAUGCAAAUGAACUUCAGGCGCAUGUUUAAUGAUCGAAAACAUCACAAACGCAGCAAACGUGGUGCCAGCAACAAGGAGGCCAAGGAGAACGUUAAGCAGAAUCACGUCUCUUUCCAUGACUUUCAACAAAACGGCACCACUAAGCAGCUGACCAAUGACUAUAUUAACAAUGUGCUUAAUGAAACAGCAGAAGAGUGCCAACAGAAUCCCAACGAGAUCAAUGUUGUUGGCCCGAGCGACGAUUGGGAUGAUGGCCUGACGUUCACCGCCAAAUCAUCACCUGACUCGGACCGUGCCAAUAACAAUUCCCUGAUAGCCCACAUACAAAACCUGCCGGGUUUCGAUGCCUCCAAGGCCCGUAUCGUCGUCCAGCACUAUGCGCCCAGGGCCGACGACAAUCCGGACACAGAUCUAGAGUCCCCGGAACAGGCCAUUGGGCCCACGGCCGCCGAAUUGAUAUUGCCGUGGCGGCGGGAUCGUUCAUACCAGAGCAUUGUGGCCGAACAUCCCAUUCCCGAGGAGGAUCGUAAUCUGUCCCGCGAAUCCGACGGAGAAAGGCGUGUGGCCACGCCUACCGCCACGGAAUCCCAGUUGCCUUGGAAACGGCAGGGUGACGAAUGCACGGAUGCAGUGCAGCAGAACGAGUUCCCCGCUUGGGCCUCCAACAAGGAGUACUUGGCCUACAAUUCCCCCAGUGCAACAUUCCUAGGUGGUAUAAACAAGCCUAAACAGCCAAAGUCCGUCAUAGGUCUCUUCCGACGUGAGAGUUCCAGCUCGAAGGCAGGGAGCGUUGGCAUCGGCAGCACAGGAGCCAUGGACUCUGCCGCCACUGGCUCCGACACGAUGAUGGUGCCCAUGUCCAGCCAGCCGCCCAACACUCCAUCGUCGUCCAUGCACAAUCCGCGGCUGGACAAGCGCUCCCAGUCGAUUUCGUCCAGUUCUCUGGGCGCCGGAGCGCAUCAGCUAGGUCCGGAGGGUCAUUCCGGCCCAUUUCCGAUUACGGCCAGUCACCGGCGAAACGUACGCAGGGGCUCCAUGCUUGAGCUAAGCGGAGACACAAUACCAGAGGAGUCGUCGUACCAGCAUGGACACUCCAAGUCCUUGUGUGAGCCGGCGGACUCGGAUGAAUGGGAGGGAGCACCAUUGUCCACAGCUGGUGGAGCGAACAGUGAGCUUUUAAUGCGAAUGAGCGGCAGGGAACCGCUCCUGCCACGCCCAUCCAACACGCCUCGUGCCCAGAUCCGUCGCAUGAACGCCGGUGCGGUUGGCGGGGCUGGCGUGAGUCAAGCGGGCCGGAAAAACCAGGUGACCAAGGCGCUGUUGGACUACGAGGAUUCCGAAACCGACUCCGAUGAGAAUGAUGAUGAGGACGAGGACUUUGAUUCCUACGAUGACGAAAACAUUGUGGUCACCACUUUUACAACACCGGCCUCGGGCAGAAGAUCGGGAUCUAGUCCAGGAUCCGGAUCAGAAGCCAACACCGCCACUACCACCACGACUAGCAUUAGGCUUACCCGCAACAACGACGAAAGCAUCAUUUGAGUAUCAAGCACGGAUGGCGACGUGGAGGACGAUCUGGAGGAUGACGGGCCAUCGGUCUCAGCACCACCAACUCACAAUUCAAAAAGUUUGCGGCUGCGUCUCUUCCCGUACGAGAUGUUCUAUUAACUAACUCCUAAGCACACAAUUAAAUGACCUAGUUCAUAAGCGAAAAAGUGGAAAAAAAAAAUAGUUUCAAAAAAAGGUUUAUAACAAAAAGCUUUAUAAUUAUAUUAACACAUAAAUCGGACAAAUGCUUAGAUAAGAGAGUAGCAAAAAUUGUAUAUAACACCAGAUUUAAAUAUCUUAAUUCAUUUCUUCUUGGUCGUUUCAGUCGCUUUUUCAGAUAUUUAACUUCCAUUUUGUGUUUAGUCCCAAUUAAUUGUUAUUUGUUCCACAAACAUAUAUAUCAAAAAAAUAAUUUAGUAACUUCAGUUGAUGUGUUCCAAAAUAACACGCAAGAAAACAAAUUGUUUAAUAAUUAACACAGCGUAGCCAAAGUUCAUGUUAAGCUUACAACUAAAGUUUAUUUCUUUACUUGUAAUUCAGAAAAAUUUACUAACUGAAAAUCACAUCGCGAGUAUGUGUUGCAUACAGUACUUAAGCGCGUACUUAGUUCUAUAAUGCUGAGUUUGGUUCCAUUUUAGCCUUAGUUAUUAGAGUUUUAAGCAAUUAAUUUCUAAAUAACCGCAGAGUUAGUACUAAAAAUAAUGCAGUAAAGUUGUUCUCAGCUGGAACUGUUACUAAACUUGCAUCAUUCAUCACUAUAAAUAAAGUUUAGGAGUAUUUCGAAACUGUUUUGGAAACAGCAA